ACGAUGCGAAUUCUACAUUUGGGAUUUUUUUCAGUUCUUAUUUUAAGCCAAUUAGAAUUUUUGACAGCAAAAACUCGCACCAUUUGCAAGACCAAUCGAAUUGUUUGCAAAAAGGAAAGAAUUAUAAAAGUUACAGAGGCAACCUUUGGUCGGUUUGGAAGGAAAAGGCGCAAAAAAAAGAUAACUUGUGGAACUAAAAACAAUUUUCUUAGUGAAGUUAAAGAACUUUGUGAUGAGAAUACAUCGUGUUUAUUAGACACAUCUGUCCCCGUAUUUAAAAAACCAUGCCCUGGAUCAGCUGUGUGUUUACGUGUUACAUGGAGAUGCAAAAAGAAACAAGGAGCAAUUCGCCCUGUAAUAAUAUGUCAAGGCGAAGAAAGAAAGAUACAGUGCAAAGAAAGUACUAUUAUAAUAAUAAAUUCAGCAACUUUCGGUAGGAGAACCUUAACCACAUGCCCACGAUUUGGCAUAUGGAAACAAUUCUGUGGUAAACAAAACAAUGUGCUUAAAAAGGUUAAGAUGCAAUGUGAUGGAACAAAUUUUUGUUCUUUGAGGGCAUCGACUAAGGACUAUGCUCAUCCAUGCCAAGGCAUCCCUGUUUAUUUGAAUAUUCGAUACACCUGCAUCAGUGAUUGCAUUGGCGAUACUUUCAAAUGUACGAAGAGGAGUAAAAAGUGUUUACCAACUUCUAAGAGGUGUGAUGGUAAAAGAGACUGUCAAAAUGGUAGUGAUGAACGAAAAUGUGAAUGCAAAUCCAACCAAUUUGAAUGUGCUGCCAGUAAGAAGUGUAUAUCUAAGUAUUUACGCUGCAAUCAGAUACCAGAUUGUCCUGAUGAAAGUGAUGAGAAAAACUGUGAAUGCCGAGCAGACGAGUUCCGUUGCAAAACCAGCACACUUUGCAUACCCGAAUCACAAAAGUGUAAUGGAAAAAAUGAUUGUGCAGAUGGUAGCGAUGAGAUUAACUGUGAUUGCAGAUCCAAUGAGUUUCAAUGCGAAACGAGUAAAAGAUGCAUAUUAGAAACGUUAAAGUGUGAUCGGCAACAAAACUGUGAUGAUGGAAGUGAUGAAAAAAAUUGUGAAUGCCGAUCAGACGAGUUCCGUUGCAAAACCAGCACACUUUGCAUACCCGAAUCACAAAAGUGUAAUGGAAAAAAUGAUUGUGCAGAUGGUAGCGAUGAGAUUAACUGUGGUUGCAGGUCCAAUGAGUUUCAAUGCGAAACGAGUAAAAGAUGCAUAUCAGAAACGUUAAAGUGUGAUCGGCAACAAAACUGUAAUGAUGGAAGUGAUGAAAAAAAUUGUGGUUGUGCAUCCAAUGAGUUUCAAUGCAAAACCAGUAGAAAAUGUAUACCUGCAACGUUAGAGUGUAAUCGUAAACUAGACUGUCAGGAUGAAAGUGAUGAACAAAAUUGCAAUUGUGAGGUAGACGAGUUCCGUUGUACGACCAGUACAAAAUGCAUACCGCUAACACUGAAAUGUAACGAUAGAAGAGAUUGUACAGAUGGAAGCGACGAAAAAAAUUGCCCGGAAGUGCAAUGUGGUGUUUCACACGUUGUUCCACAAUUAUCAAAUUGUCGACUAAGAAUAGUUGGUGGAUGCAAAGCUAAACCUCAUAGUUGGCCUUGGGCAGUACAGUUACUCUUAAGAUACGACAAAAAUAGCAACUUCACUCAUGAAUGUGGUGGGGCUAUACUUAAUUCAAGAUUCGUGAUAACUGCUACCCACUGCUUUUUGAGUGAAAAUGACAUAAAACAAUGGCAAAUAAGAGCAGGAAGUCAUUAUAAAGGCAGAUCAGAAAGUAGUAAUCAAAUACGGUUGAUUAAAAAGAAAACUCCUUUAUUUAACCCAACGACAAACAUUCUAGAUCGAGAUAUAACAAUUCUAGAAAUUAAUACUCCAUUUGUCUUCAAUACACAUGUCCGUCCAGUGUGUUUACCAGAACGACAUCCAAGAAAGGGAGACAAAUGUGCCGUUGUUGGAUGGGGCACAACGAAGGGGACUGGUCAUGAUGACAUUCUGAAACAGACCCCGAUGCCAAUAGAAGACACUCAAACCUGUAAUAACACAUCAAACUUGAAAGGAGAUAUAACAGACUAUAUGUUUUGUGGAGGUUUCAAAGAAGGCAAAAAUGAUGCCUGUCAGGGAGACAGUGGUGGUCCAUUAAUGUGUCUAGAUGGUGAUAAGUAUAGACUUCAGGGUAUUGUUUCUUGGGGCAUUGACUGUGCAAAACCAAAUCUUCCUGGUGUAUAUGCAGAUGUGUUCAAAGUUCUAGCGUGGAUUAAGACAGUUAUAGGGAUGUAGUGAAUAAAUUUGUAUAACAUUUACUUUAUGGCAUUAAAAUGACACAUAUACAUUUGUAACUGGAAACCUAUAGUGAAUUGGCUUAGUAAAAAAAAACCUAGUUUUAUCAGACAUUUAUUUAUGUUAUGAAAACAUAUGAAGUCGUUUUUGUUCAAAACUUUAUAUCUCAAUGUCCACAUGUUCGUAUUGAUAUCGUUAACAUAAUGGCUAAAACGUUAUUUUAAUUCUCGAAUUUUCAAUAAUUCUCUUGUCAUUCGAUAUGCAGUUGAAACACUAUCGUUAAAUGUCGAAAAAUACUUGUCUUAAGUCGAUAGUUUAAAGAGUUUGUCUGACUACAUGUAAUGUACUGUUUUCGGUUUAAAUUUGAAGUCAGAAGGCAACACUGAAUAAGUUUAUAUAAAACAACAUAUGAUAGCUGAAAUAUAAUGAGUUCUUGUAGAAAAAUAAAAUCUACAAUAUGGUGUCAUCAUCCACACUCGUUUGUUACAUGUACCAAUCCAUUCUAUUUAAUUAUUGAAGAUCUAUUUUAAUUAGUUCUUAAAAAAUAAAAACAACACUUUAUAGAUUUAUUGUGUCAGAAGCGCUUUUCUGGAUAUACCUUCAUUUGGAACGCUCAAAGCCGAAUAGUUGAAAGCCAAACAUGUAUAAGGACCGAAACAGUCG